CAGACGAUAACCACCUAAACCGUAUCCCUCCGACGCCACAGCCACUUCACUCACUACACAGCGUCCGACGACGUCGAAAUCGCACGCCGAACGCCUCGAAAUAGCGCCGGCCGACGCGAGCGGCUCACGCUCGUGCAAAUGCGGCGCGAUGACAACGACUAUAUUCGUUCCCAACGGCCCGUAAAGGCGCCCGAAGUCGGGACUAUUUUCAAGUAUCGGAGCGAAAGGUAGUGAACGAGCGGGGCGCCGCCAUGUUGCGUCAGGCCUCGGCUUAUCGCGCCUCCCCUCGGCUACUCGCAGGUCGGGCCCUCGCUCCCCGCGAUUCCCCUCCCCGUGGGGUCCGGCGCGUGGGACAGGAUGUGCUCAGAGGGCCACGGCUCCCGACUGACUCCCAGCACUGGCAUGUCGGCCAAGGAGCUCUGCGAGACCGACGACCUGGCCACCUCGCUUGUGCUCGACCAGUACCUGGGCUUCCAGACGCACAAGAUGAACACGCGAGCUUCAAACUCGUGUCACGCUCUCCGGGACACACAACCUAGGUUCCGGCCGGUGAAGGGCCGCCGCGAGGAGCUGCGCAAGGUGGCGGAGCAGCUGCGUGUGGACGGUGACGUGGAGAAAGCGUACCGCGCGCUCAGCGCCCGGGAGUGGCCGCGCAACCACCUGCUGCACAAGAGCAUCUUCAAGGAGCACGUUCUCCGCUACCUCCGCAUAUUCACGGCGGAAAGCGGCUUUGAGAUCCAGCAGUGCACGCGAUACUCAUCGGAGAAAAACGGCGCCAAGGUGGUGGCCACGCGAGAAUGGAAGAAAAACGAAAAAAUGGAGCUGCUGGUCGGCUGCAUCGCAGAGAUGACGCCCGAGGAGGAGGCGCUGCUUCUACGGCACGGCGAGAACGACUUCAGCGUCAUGUACUCGACGCGCAAGAACUGCGCACAGCUCUGGCUGGGCCCAGCCGCCUUCAUCAAUCACGAUUGCAGGCCAAGUUGCAAAUUUGUGUCGACGGGACGCGACGCGGCGUGCGUGCAAGUGCUGCGUGAUGUGGAUCCCGGAGAGGAGAUCACGUGCUACUACGGUGACGGCUUCUUCGGGGAGAACAACGAGCUGUGCGAGUGUCACACGUGCGAGAGGCGAAGCCAGGGCGCCUUCAAGCCCAAGGACGGCUCAUCGGAGGCGCCGUCGAGCGGCCUCAACAGCGCGUACCGCCUGCGCGAGACCGACAAGCGGCUGCACCGCCUCAAGAAGAGCUGCGUGGGUGGCAGGGAUUCUGCCGGGAGAUAUUCCAGGAUGCCCGGCGGCACCGACACCCAGCGCAGCGCGCGCCGCCUUCUCUCCAAUGCCAAGAACGCGUGCACGCCCAAGAAGACGACACGUAAGGCGCGGGCAUCGGCGAACAGGCCGCCACGCACGGCCUACAGCAGCCACCACGGCGGCCGACUGGCGUUCCUCCCCUCCGGAGAGCACUUGACCUUCGACGCUGUGGAGCUGCUGGCCACCGCCAUUCGCCUGCGCCAGCCGAGCCGGCUCGUGCCUCGUGACGGGCGACCGGCGCCGCCGUACCGCUCGCCCGCCGGCCUGCGCGCCCCCGCGGCACCGUGCGACGAGUUCUUCCCGUGCGUGCUGCUCGCCACGGCGUCACCUGCCGGCCCCGCCGUGCCCCCGCGUUCGCUCAAGCGCUGGCUCUCGGGCGGCGGAGACGGCGGGGGCAGAAGCGACGGCAGGGAGCGGCCGAGGAACGGCCUGAGCGGGCUGGCGACGGUCGGCACCGCUCGGCUGAAGGCGCUGCUGCAGCAGGCGCUCCUGCGACAGCCCAAGGUGGUGCUGAUUAAAGACCCGGCCGUUGAGCGGCUGUGCCGCGGCGGGCGGCGGGCGCGCGACCCCGCCGCGAGGCCGGCUCGUGUCGGGGAGCCCGGCGGCCGUGGCAACGGCGCCGACGACGGCCGUCCCGUGCCUUCGCCGGCGUGCGGGGCUCUGGCCGGGUGCAGCGAGGUGCUGGCCGACGCCGCCGACGCGCUCAGCCUGUGCAAGGCGCCGUUGCAGGCGACCGAGGCGAGCGACGCGGCCGGGGGCUGCUUGCCCCCGUCGCCGGCGUGCGGCACCAGCACGGGCUUCGGCGCCGGCGGGCGAGCGGGUGCGCUGCCCGCCGAGCCUGCGGUCUCGAAUGCGCGCGAGUGCAAGGCGAGGGCGGGCGAGGCGUACGGCACCUCCGUGACUCCGCCACCCAAGCGCUUCCCGCUGCUGCGCAUACCCCCCGCGGGGCCCGGCUCGAGCUCCCGGAACGUCGCCUGGGAGCCGCCCGGCAGCACCGCCGCCGCCGUAGCUGCGGCCCCCUUUUCCAGCAAUCUGGUGGCUGACAUCGAGAACUGGAUCCUGGAGGGCGACCCGGACUUCGACUCGGAUCUCCUCAAAAUUGUGGCCGGCGCGGGGGCGGCCACCCCACGCUCGAGUGUCGGCCGGAGCACGCCAAGACCGGACGGCGAUUGUGACGUCGGCGGCGGUGGCGACGGCGGCGACGUCGAUGGCGGCGACGCCAGGCGGAGGAAGCGCUCGUCGGGGAGACCGGUGCGGGGAGAUGGAAAGCUUUUGCGGCUCUCGCCCCUGAAACGAAACGCGUGCGGCGGCGGCGGCAAGAGGGGCAGCCUCGGCACCGCCAAACCUCCCAUGCCCUCGCCACCGGCGGCAGCAGAAUUGCAGACGGGUGGCAUCGCCCCAGAGAGGCGAGGGAACUCCAAGAGGCGGCACAGCGCGGACGAGUACCAGGCGGUGCUGGUGAAGAGCGAUGGCGUCGUCUCCACCGCUACCACCACCACUGCCACCGCCGCUACCACCCAGCACCUGGAGGGCAAUGACUCUAGCACGGUCGUCCGGGCACAGUUGCCCAAAGUGCGCAUUGUGCGGCUCAGCGGAGGCUUGCACAGCGCUGCCAGCUACGGAAAACGAGGCCGUGGCUGCAAAAAGGUGUUGGUGUACAAGUCGAUCGGACCGACGGGCCCCACGCAGCUACGGCUGCGGUUGCAGAAGCGCAAGAUCCGCAAGCACAGCUCCACGCGCAAAGACGUGCCGGAAGCGGAAGCCACCAUCGCCGCUCCCGUGAGCGCCGCCGGACAGGCGGCAGCGGCGGUGGGGGCACAGGCUCACAGGCGGGGUGGAUCCUCGCAGAAGAGGGGAACCGCUGGGGUGGACGUGCCUGCGUUCCUGCCGUUCUCACAGCCCAAGCGGCUGCGCCUCAUCCUGGGCAAGGAGUCGAUUGACAUUGACAUUAUGGCACGCUGCCAGGCGGGGAUUUAGUACAGCAGCGGUGGGAGAGAGAGAGACAUGAGGACUUGUUCAAUAAUAGAUGCUGCUUUCUGUUUGCAGACAUUGUCAAGCGUCUGUGAGUAUGGCUGAGCUACGUGUCGUCACCGUGUUUUGGGAUGAAGCUGACCACAUUCAUCAUGGUCACUGCAAAAUCUUACUGCAGUAAACACAUAUAUCAUAUAGAAACGCCCAACCACCCAUCAUAUUCAAGGACACUUACUAUUAUCUUCUCAGAGUAAUUUCCACUUUUUCUUUUAAACAACCCCUGUUCCACACAUUUUCAGCAAGUCAUUGUCACACAAUACAUUUGGCUGAGUUGGGCUCCAUUCACACAGGGCUGGCAAAACUUGCACUAUGACCGGCUCGGUUUAUUCAAGCCCUGCAGGAGACACUUUGCUUUUGUUUGUGAAAAAUAGAGGGUCGGUGGCCCAAUGAGAUCAGUGUGGGCGUGGCACAGAUGGAGGAUGGUGUGUAUUUUCAAAACGUGUUGUGUUUUAUUGUUUGUUAUUGCUCCUUGAAUCUAAGUGCAAGGUCACCUCCAUAUCACAAGCAUUUGAAGUCAGGAUUGUCCUAUUUCAAGGCACAUUGAUCAGUCGGCUUUUUAAAAGACAUGCAGUGUUCUCAGAAUGCCGUGUCUUAAUGGCUAGUGCCCUUCACAACCCUGCUCAGAAAUGUCACUUUUUAAUUUCUCCAAAAGGUCACGUGCUUGAAGCCAAUCUUGAGUCAACAAUCGCCUUUUUUCCCCCCUCAUCUUUGUCUGCAAACAUGUGGCAGUAAUAGCAAUUCUCCAUUGACAUGGUGGUGCUUAGGACAACCAAUGUUGACUGCCCCCAAAGUGGUGCUCCUUUUAUUGACUGGGGAGGGAUAAUGGGUGACCGAGUUGAUCAAACUAGAAUUUAAACUCCGUAACCCGAUUGCUGGUCAGUCAUUUUAACAACAGCACAAAGGCGCACACCUAAUGUUAAACUACAUCAGUUUUGGUGCUCCGUGGUUAUGACAAAACUAAGACAAACAAGUUCAUAUUUUUUAAGCAGCAGCUAAUCAUCUUAUGGAUGUAGAUGCAAAAGUGGUCAAUAAUUUACGGUGCCAUUUUAUUUAUUUAUGGCAUAAAAGUGACCUCUCUAGUGUCCCCGUGGGCCCCGACAGUGACAGAUUUGACUUGCAUUGAGUUCAGACCACACACGGAGUGCCAUCACCUCUGACUAGGCACUCUUCUCGUAAAGCAGAGCAACUUUGCUUCAGUUGAUUGCCAAUUAUGAUUUAAUCUUUUACAGCAUUUUCAAACGCCCCUUGCACGUGAACCAAAAUAAUUAAAUUGAAGUUUAAACACAGAAAUUUUACCUGCUUUGAUUUUACUUGAAAGAGCGUUGGCCAUGGUGGCCAUAUACCGUAUUUGGUUACUGGUGUAAUGAUGUUACGAUUGUUAAUUUAAAUGUUUUUUAUAGUUUUUGUCGGUGUGCAGGGUUGAUCUUGUGAGUGUCCACCAAGGCUGUUGUAAACCUUUCCAGUGGCAAUGCGGUGUGAGUGGUUACUGUGCAUGCAUCAACCUGCGUUCAAAUGAGAGGUGCUUUGACUUUUGACGAGUUACAACUUGCAGCAAUCCGCUAUCCGUGCAGAAGGAUUAGCCAAUUGUUCAUGUAAGAAGUGUCCUGGAAAAUAUUGAUCGCACAAAAUAUAAUUUUCCAGAAAGUUGAGUUUCAUCCAGAUUCGGUGGAUUGAGCGAAUGAACAGAGGGAAUGAUGUGAGGAGAUGCAAUAAAAACUGGCAAAAAGUGAGUUUAACAAGGUGUUAAGAUGUUCAAACACCAAAUAUAAACCUUUUGCAAGGAAUCAGGUUCGCGCUAACCACACGUACUUGUGGUUAACAUGCAAACCAACAUGUUCUGAUAAUGUAUGCAUUGUCUUUGAAACUACACCAGACAGCCUUCUAUAUAGGGCCUAGACUCACCAGUGUCAGAACAGAGAAAACUUCAUAUAUUAUCACAGUUUGCAUGUUCACCACAAGUACGUGUGGUGAAUGCUGACUUGAUUCCUUGCGAAAGGUUUCUACUUGGUUCCAAUGAGGUUAGUGUGGGGUAUAUUAAAAUGAGUGUCGACUUUUUCCAGGACGAUCCUCAUGUGAGUAUAUUUUGUUCCUUUUGCUUACGGAUUGCUUUGUUUUGUUUGUUAUACUAAAGUGUGCCCAGCCAAAUGAAAAGGUAAAAUUAUGUAUGGCGUAAUCCUUUACGUAGCAGCAAUGGGGUCUGUACAUUGACUCUACAAAUCGAGCCUCUUACCAACACCGUUAUUGUCGUCGUGGUUUUGACUGUGCGAUACUCUAGCUGUCAUUGUGGUUUAUUUGCAACGUUCAAUAUCUUGAUACUGGCAAAAGGGUACCGGACUGCAGGUGUUCUAACGCGUGACGUCAUUCGAAAAGAAUAGGCCCAUUUGUGUGACGUGGGUUAAGGUCCAAAUUUUACAUUUUAAAAAUUACCUGCAAAUAAUUCAAUUAGGAUUCCACUGAGAAGCAUUGCCCUCUACUGUGAAACUUAGCACCUUCACAGGAGCCUUGAACUAUAAGAAUCGUGCAAUUACCAAAUGUUCUCACUCCUCAAUUUUUGUUAUGCCCCCUGCCAUCUAAAGAAUUAUUUUCUGUCAUCGUUUUGUAAGCUGUACCAAGCGCCCUUGGGUGAAGGCACUCUAUCAAUUAGAUUAUAACAUAGUGCAGUGCAGCAGGGCAGGUGCAGCACUUUGACCAAUCACGUGAAAAAGUCUACAGUCAAUCGGAGGUGAAACCAAAUGUUAUACAUCACCAUCAAAACCUUCUCUGUUAAUACAUGAGCACUGAUAAUACAUGUACGACAGCAUUGUUUACCAUAGCGACAUGCCAAUACAUAGUUGCUCCAGUCGAUAAUUUGGAACGUAAAGGAAUGCAAAGGACAAUUUGGCGUCGUCAAGUUUGUUAAAUGACGUAUUUGGCUGUGCUUGUUCCAACCUGCCAAGGGCCUGCUUAACGUGGUGGCACAAUCGUUACACGACGGCUUUCUCAGAUUUCAGUGAUGCGCUUAAUCCGCUGCAUAAUUGCACCUGGGAAACUUCUGUUUUGUUCGAGAGGCCCUAUGUGUUUUUUUACACACUCCGGAGCCAUACGAUGAGGUGACUGGCAGGAGUUUGUGAAUGAUUCAUAUGGCUGUACCAAUACUGCUCAAGUUGCAAAUCUAUUGCGGGAACUUUGCAUACCGCCACCACCGAUAUUGGUGUGAACCAUCGUAACGAAUGCCUUACUCAUUAGCAGUGUCUGAACUCUGCUGUGGUAAAGGUGAUGCAUUUAGGUAGUCAAGUAGUUUUGAGGCAGGGUGGAUGAAUCGCACGCAGAUGCAGCCCUCGGUUGCAUUAGAUGCGCAUCAGCGGGUGCCCUUAGCAGACAGGAGAAGACAAUGCAGGAAGUAGAUUUGCUGACCCAUCUCCAUUUUUAUUAUCUCCUCGUACACAUUGGGUUUGUUUAUGCACUCCAGUUUCCUCCCACGCACAAAAAUACUCGAAAUAAGCCAAACAUCCAAAGCAGCAUCCUCCUGAGAGCGAGUCAUAAUAAUAUUUUUUAAAAAUUAUCAGAGAUAACCCUGGAUUUUUUUUCAGUGACCCAAGUAUUGCCUGUGUCAUCACCACAGCGAUUAGGAAAAUAACAUCACGGAGUGAACGGUGGCAUACGAAUAGAGAUCGCCUGUGUAAAGCAGCCACUCUGGAAUGCCAAGGCAUUCAGUGCAUCAUGCAAGUUGACUUAAGCGCUAAAGUGUCCAACAAAUGUUGCCGCUGCUUGGCAAGUUUAAAUAUAAAAUGUAGAUCUACUUAUGGGCUGUAUUUUGCAUCUCCUUGGAUACGAGAGCCUGCUUUGGAUUCGGGGUUUAAUAGGGAUGGUGGUGCAUGGCUGCUACAUGCUACAGGUGCGGCCACACAUUUGGUUGUACGAACAAACAUGAUCGCUUAAGGCUGAAUGCUCCCGCCAUUCAGUUCUUCAGUGUCGCAGCUCGCUUAGUCAUCAACACACAGUACCUCUCCUCCUGCCUUUCUCAUCAUGGCUGCAUGUCUAGGGUGGCGCUGUGGUUGGACCUCUCGACUUGUAUUUGAAAUUACAGAUUCAUUUUAGUUUGGGGUGGGGGGGAAGACUCGGCCCAUUCUAUUCUAUAAGAUGAGUACCACUUCGAGGGUAUGUAACAGUGGUCAUCCUCUGGCCCCUGCCAGGGUUAUGUGGCAUUUCUACCCAGGCUCAAUGUCAUCAAAUUAGAGAUGAGUUCCAUGCCAUUACUCUGUUGAGCAAGAAGGCACUUCACUUUUGACGUGUGUGUGAGAGCAAAACAUACAUUCUAUUGUUGUUUUGCCUUGUGUUCAUAGCUCAUCCUGUGAUUGAUUAUGCACCUCCGAAUAGCAUGGUUGGCUACGUACGGUGCGAAAGAAGGUCAAGGUCAACGUGAAAAUAUGGAAUUGCCACUUUCUGAACGCUUAUGUAAAACAUGACUCAGAGCAAGCAGAGACGUCACGCCAAAGUGUCCCUACUCCAGUGUCCUUCACUGCAAAGCCCGAGCAGGCCACUGGUGGCCUUUAGUGCGGCCCCUGACGUGCAGCCCCCGACUACACAACGAGUGACAAUACCCCCCCCUCCCCCCCAUCAUCGUGCUUUCAAAUCCCAAUUGUUUCCAACGUGUGGCGGCCCUCACACUGAUGAUGUCUUAUCAGCUAAAGUGUCCCCCAUUCUGAAAAUGAGUGAAGAACACUGCCUUAUUCAAACUAACGUGGGGUGGUGCUCGUAGGCCGAGCGCUGUCGAUUCUACGCCGUUGGUAGUCAUCUGCGGCGGAGGGAUGAUGGUUUGAUUCGGCUCUUGGCCAUGGUCUUGACUUGCAGCCUUGCCAUCGGAAGCUGACCCUCUGCAAUACCCAGCCAUGGUAUCGGACAAAGUCAACACUUACUGGGGGUUUUUGGUUGUUUACAAGUGGCAUUCGAUUCAGAGAGUAAUAAAUGGCCACUUGGCAAAAUGUCUAUAAAUUGCAAGUCUAUCGUGGCAGAGGACAUUGACAAAUUCCAAAAUUUAUGACACCAUAUACAAUGAACGUAAUUUUGUUCAUAGUACAAAUGCAAUUACAGAGUGAAACGCCAACGUGUAAAAACACACUUAAAUUCCACUUGAUCCAAAAAUAAAACGCAUUAAUAGUUCACACUUUUUUUAUGAGCUGUCGUAAAAGGCAUGCUUUGGUAUGUGCUUCAGUGUUCGUUGUGCUUUGAUGACUGCUGAAGCCAAAGGGCGUUGAGGUGGACACACUUUCAAUUGCAUUCCUACAAAUUGAUUCUGACGUCCAUAAAUAUGCAAAACUGUUGCAUCUCCGGCUUUGCUUUACCGUAGCAUGUUUCUGCUGAUGAACGCACAAUAAGCACCCAGAAGUAUAUUAAGUUUGUGUUGCUGGAUAAUCCAGGCAUUACUGCGUUGGUCUGUAUAUGAGUGUGCACCGCUGUACAUAUAAAACAUUUCUAUAUUUUGUAUAAUUAGCAGUUUUAAUAUUGUGACGUAACAAAAAUACAAUUCAAAAACACGUCUGUAGAUAAGGCCACGACUGAAACGUCAAUGUAAUACUUUAUCAGAGACAAUCAUUACAACCUAUGUUACUUGGUUUUAUCAAUACUUGUUUUAACAGUGAGCAUGAGUACCCACUUGCUGAUGCCACAGCUUGUAUAUUGAGGUGUACAUAAUUGGUUCUAGAACCUUGCAUGCACGUCCCAAGAAUAUAAUCUUCAAACUACCUACUUGUCAUAGAUUCACUUUAAUUCCUUUAAUAAUAAAAAAAAUGUACAGAGAAAAACUAAAAGCAUGGCCAAGGCUUUUUAGAGGUCGUGGCUCGUAUUUUUAAAUUUGCGUUGUCUGUCUGCAGGGCACGUUUUUCCAUGAGGCUAUGCCAACGACUCCACUGUUCUGUUGAAAUUGGCGCAUGAGCUGUUUGAAAUCGAGUGGGGGGUGGUGUUAAGUGUUUGCGCUUCUGACUUGAAACCGAUAUUCGCAUGUGAGCAAAAAACCCAGUUUGAUGUUUUAUUUGUAUUAUUGAGGCCAGACUUCCAGCUAACAUUGAAGUGUUUCAACAUCAGGGGCAGCAAACAUUAAAAAUGCCUCUUUGCAAUACAACUCUCCGGUUGAUUCCGAAAAAUUGAAAAUUUAAUCACAACAGACUUUAAUUGUAGUUUAAACUUCGACAUUUCCGAGCACAUGGUCAAUAAAUAUAUUUUGGGAAUCCCCAAGCACUUGUGAGCAGAUGUGGCUGGUGAGACCGAGUGUUAUCUCUGCCCCAUGCCCACCACAAGGUUUGGGGGGUGGAGUGUUUAUUGGGUUUCAUAACAUCUUCAACCCUUUAGCUUCCUACGAUUCUAUUGUCAUGAUUCAAGGUCACCAUUGGUUCAAGGGAUUUUUUUUCUCUCACACAGUCUUGUCGUUAUCGUUUCGCAUUGACUGUCUUUGUCAGUGUUGCUUCACACUGUCACAUUUGUAGUUGUGGCUUCGAUAUGCACUGCCUGGUUUGUCUCGGACAGUGCCGUCACGUUUGCAAUGUUUUUUUCCCCGGUGCUGAUUUGUUCCUACCGUUGACCUAAAGAAAAAAAUAAAUUAACUUACUUGAACCGUUAAACAAUAGAUCCGUCAAUGCAUUUUGCACACGAGUCAUCGUGUACGAGUUUUUACCUUUAAUUUCAAAUAUUUUCUACACAAAUCUUUAAAAAAACAUUUCCCUUUUUAAAUAGCAGCGUGUUGCUGUUGUAAAUAAACAGCAGUGUGCCUUCAUUUUCAGCGAGAUACAAACACUUUCUGCAUCGAUGUCACCCCUUAAGUUCACAAGAGCUGCAGUUAAUCACACGUGUGAGAAUUGCACUGUGUUUGUGUAUGUUGCAUGUCAUGAGUUUACACCCUCCAACCACCAGCACUCACUACAAUCACCGGUUUCAUUAUAUUUUUGUAAUUUAAUCCCAAUCGUGAACCAGAAAACUUAUUGAAUCGUUCCACCCCGAAUUAACAGCGAAUCCAAUUAUGCUGAAUUGUAACAAACUUGGAAAUCUUAUGACAAAUAUGUUAACUACUAUUGUUAAUUAAAUUAAUGUAAAAAAUGGAAUUUGGUGCAAAGGGUGUUUACCUGCUCACGAAGGAAUCAAUAAUGGAUAAUUUAUUUGCUCUUGGCAGAGUUCAUUCGAUUUGUUGAUUAGUUGCAACUGUAAAUGAAAUGUAAACAUUUCUCUCUUUAGCUUCGUGAAUUCCAUUUGCUUUAUCCAGAUCGGGAAGCCGAUUCCUAUUUCUCUUCUCGCAGCAAUCCUCCGCACGACCUUAAUUGCCACGAGUUUAGGUCUGGUUCUUUCGGUCCCUCGUGGAAUCCAUCGAGUCUGCUGAACACAACACACACGCCUUAGCCCCCUCGCGCGUCCUUCAGCGGAGCUCUCUGAUGAUGCGUUUUCGGGUUGUUACCACGUGUUGUUUUUGGGAACGAUGUCCGACGUUUCGCGCCGCGUGCUGGUGGGAGCUUCUUUUUCGGUACUGGAUUUCAAGAACCGGAGGGCCCCCCAGCACGCGGAGCGAAGCGUCAAAAAGACGUCGUUCCGAACCAACACCCGAAAACGCACCGAACAAAGCUGUUCAGCGCAAACCACAACCACCUCCGCAGUGGCUCUGUAGCAUGCUUGUGUGUGUGUGUGUGCCCCGUGCCCUUGCUUGGUUGGGCUUGCCACGUUCCCUCUGCGCCACUGUCAUCGCAGAGGUUUGUUUUUCUCACGUUUUUUUCUCACGUUUUUUUUCCUCCCUCUUGUCCAAAAAGCAUUUGGCACGCAGGCCCCGGUGGGGGGGUGGGGAAAUGAGCAUCAUUUCAAUCGAUGGUUGGGGUGUGUUUUUUUUACUUGAUGUACAGCGUAACGGUAACAAGAGUUCUCAUUUUGUCGGUAUUUUUUAAGGAAACUGCUUGUUGUAGGCGGUGUACAAAGAAGGUAUUUAGCAGUGUGGAAGUGUAAUCUGUUGGUGCGUUUGAUAAUUAAAGCUGUUAUGCGAUCUUA